AUGACAUACGUCUCAAAUGAUCCUGAUAACACCUAUGUCAAUGAUCCCGCUUGGUGGCCGUUUCUCGUUUGGACUCGUGCUUACAGCAAUGCUGCAGUUGUAGCCUCUGUCGUGGUGGUAUACGAUUGGGCAUUAACAUUUGGACAAGAGUUCGAGCUGGUCUGGAAACAACGCUUGUCUCUCAUAAAUCUGUUAUUUAUCAGUGUGCGCUAUGUUGGAAUACUAUAUGCCAUCAUCAGCUUCCUAGGCAACUUUUUUUACUCCUUCCAAACAUGGACGCCUGUCGUCGUCAAUGCUAUGUUGGCUGUCAUCAUGACGACUCGGAUAUAUGCCAUGUUUCAGCAAUCGAAACCGAUACUUAUCUUUCUCAUUGUAGCCCUGCUGGCUUCCACAAUCGCCUCCGGAGUUAUGCUGGGCAUAGGAAACAUUGGUAUUUCAGGGAAGGAAUUCGUCCUUUCUGGCUACCAUAUCUGUCUUGUCCAGAUCGACACAUACCGGAUGAAUCUAAAUCACGAGAUGGUGAUACCCAUCGCUAUAUGGGAGAUCCUUGCCUUUCUUCUUGCAGUCUGGAUUGUUAUACUACGCUUCUAUGAAAUGCGACAAACACGGAGCGGAUCCACCAUUGGAGACUGUUUCACGAUGUUAAUAAAAAGUCACGCGUGGUACUUUCUAGCAUUUGCUGCUGUAGCUUGCUUCAACAUCGGCGACCUGGCUCCAGGUUUACGGCACUCAACAACCGUGGCAGAUGAUAUUUAUGCCGGCGCUCUCCGAAUUGCACGAGUGUUGCAGAUGUUUGUGCUGGGACCACGUCUGAUCCUUAGCAUUCGAGAAUAUCACUCUAAGCUCGUGACUAGGUCUGACGGGGGAAUUAAUAUGACUGCGAUUGCUUUCCAGGCUCUCAGACAUCGAUCCACUAGCAGUGAUAUGGAACUAGACACGAUUCAAUCGACCAACCCUGUGUAA